CAGUCUCGGUGUCCUCAGUGUAGUCCAGCCUUCACUGCGGUUACAUAAGCCAAUAAGUCCGCGGUGUGGGACUCGAUCACUUUCCCACUCAGCGUGGCUCCUCCUGACACUCACGCACUCAUCACACUCUCACUCUGUGGAUCUGUCACACACAUUCUUUUGCUUGUGACCAAGAGAACUGCACUUGAUCUGGACAACAAGAAACUUUACCACCAUCUUUUUUUGUUUCUUUUCUUUUUUCUUUUUAAAUAUAUUUUUUUCUUUUUUAAACAUUUUUAAUGGUACAAUGUCGUCUCUGCCAGGAACGGUACCGCGGAUGAUGCGCCCGGCUCCCGGACAGAACUAUCCACGCACCGGAUUCCCCUUGGAAGUGUCCACGCCUCUGGGCCAAGGACGCGUCAACCAGCUCGGAGGAGUCUUCAUCAACGGCCGCCCGCUGCCCAACCACAUCCGACACAAGAUCGUGGAAAUGGCGCACCACGGGAUCCGGCCCUGCGUCAUCUCCCGCCAGCUGCGGGUCUCCCACGGCUGCGUGUCCAAGAUCCUGUGCCGGUACCAGGAGACCGGCUCCAUCCGACCCGGAGCCAUAGGAGGCAGCAAACCCAGGCAGGUGGCCACGCCGGACGUGGAGAAGCGGAUAGAGGAGUAUAAGCGGGAGAAUCCCGGCAUGUUCAGCUGGGAGAUCCGGGACAAGCUGCUGAAGGACGGUGUGUGCGACAGAAGCACAGUCCCUUCAGGUGAGGCCUCUCCUGUGAGUUCGAUCAGUCGUGUUCUUCGAGCUCGGUUCGGGAAAAAGGACGAUGAUGAUGAGUGUGACAAAAAGGAUGAAGACGGAGAGAAGAAAACCAAACACAGCAUCGACGGAAUCCUGGGCGACAAAGGCAGUCGGAUGGAUGAGGUGUCAGAUGUGGAGUCGGAGCCCGACCUUCCUCUGAAGAGGAAACAGCGCAGGAGUCGGACCACGUUCACGGCCGAGCAGCUGGAGGAGCUGGAGAAGGCGUUUGAGAGAACUCACUACCCCGACAUCUACACCAGAGAGGAGCUCGCUCAGAGGACCAAACUGACCGAGGCCAGGGUCCAGGUGUGGUUCAGCAAUCGAAGAGCCAGGUGGAGAAAACAAGCAGGAGCCAAUCAGCUCGCAGCGUUCAACCACCUGUUGCCGGGCGGAUUUCCUCCCACAGGGAUGCCAACACUUCCUACGUACCAGCUGCCAGACUCCAGCUACCAAACCAACACUCUGUCCCAAGAUGGUGUCGGCACAGUUCACCGUCCUCAGCCUUUACCUCCGUCCACCAUGCACCAGAGCAGUCUGUCCAGCACGGACGGCGGCUCCGCCUACGGUCUGACCUCCAACCGCCAUGGCUUCUCCAGCUACUCUGACACUUUCAUGAGCUCCGCAGCGCCGAGCAACCACGUCAACCAGGUCAGCAAUGGACUCGCCCCACAGGUGAUGAGCAUCCUCAGUAAUCCAGGAGGCGUUCCCUCACAGCCACAGCACGACUUCUCCAUCUCGCCACUCCACGGCGCCCUGGACUCUUCUGCGUCCAACGUCAUCUCCACCAGCUGCAGCCAGCGUUCGGCCGAGGCCUCCAUCAAGACGGUGGACAGCCUCCCGUCGUCUCAGUCUUACUGCCCGCCCACCUACAGCUCCACCAGCUACAGCAUGGACUCAGCUGUGGCGGCUGCUGGAUACCAGUACAGUCAAUACGGCCAGACUGCUGUGGAUUACCUGGCCAAGAACGUGGGUCUGUCCAGUCAGCGCAGGAUGAAGCUGGCCGACCACUCAGCCGUACUGGGACUACUGCAGGUGGAGACGGGUCAGGCCUACUAGUUCUCACCUCACCACAUUUAAAACAACAAGACACCUGGUCACCAGCAGAACCUGCACCUCUUAUUAUCAUCAUCCAUACAGAUCUGUGCACACGUGCGUGUGUGUGUGUGUGUGUGUGUGUGUGUGUGUGUGUGUGUGUGCGCGCCUCUCAUAAGUUCAUUUACAGGGCUGAUAUAAUAGUUUUCCCAGAAUGAUUUCAUGAUACAGCGGACCAACCUUUAAAUCAUUCCCAGUUGGACUAAACCAAUCCAUAACAGGAAUUUCCACUGUUAAUAAUAUAGCUGCUCAAACAGUAUAUCACCAAAUAUCUGAUAUGUUGUUUCCAUGUUAGGAUGACACUAUGUGGGCCACAACAGUGUUAAAGGGCCAUUUUGUAACAUUUAGCGGGGUUUUUAGUCAGACAUGGAAUUUCUUUUUGAGGUGUGUUUAGUAAUUAUAUGGCAUUGAUUCUGCCUCAUGAAACAAGAAAGUAGACGACUUGUUACACGUUACACACUACUUGAUGAUACACAUGAUUUUUUUGGAAAUAACAAGAAAUACAAAGGAAUCAUUUUGAUGUUCUUCUUUUUGGAAACGUUGAACAUUUAAAAAAAUCACAUACUUAAGGAAAGGCAAAGCUUUAUGAACAAUAAAUAAAGAUUUUUUUUUUUUUUUUUACUUUUUAACUUAAAAUUCUCUGGCCCAAACACUGUAUUUUUCAAUUUAUUGAUUUGAAAUGAUCAAUUUAACUCAUAGUAACUAUCAACACAAAAUAUUGGCAGCUUUAAGAAAGAAUCAGCCUUCAGAAACCUGUGUGUGUGUGUGUGUGUGUGUGUGUGUGUGUGAGGAGACAAACACCUCUAUCACAGACUGACAUGGACAAAUUCAGACAUUCCUGGAGAGACGUCUUUUGUCCACCGUCUCUCUCAUCUGCAGGAUUUCUGGCAGAAGUCGCAGUUCAAACAUUCACCGAUGAUCACGUCUCCAUGCAGCUUGAUACCAACCAUUACAGAUUCUUUUCUUAAUUUAAUUUCUUUUGAUUGUUGUUUAUUUAAUGUUUACUCUUUGCUUAUGAAUGACGACCAUGACUGGACGUCCCCAUGACAACCAACGCCAACAACUGCCGUGAAUCAGAAAUGGAUUCUGAUCUCAUAAUUCACUCUUUCACCCACGUUCAUGUGAGUAAACAUAAUGCUGUGUGACUCAAAUAUUAUGUUCAUAUUGAACAUAUGUGCAGAACGGCCCAUGACGUCACUUACAUCUAGAGUGCAGUUAGUCGUGGAUGUUUACAGACGAUAAUCUUUGCUUUGUGUCUAUUUUUUGAAUUUUUUGAAUCUUUAUUUUCUCCUCAGCUCACUGGUAGUUUGUUAAAAGACAAAAUUUGUAUUGUUUAAUAAAAAUGAUGUGAUUGUAUCAAUGAAUGAAGAUACCAUAAAUUCUAAAAUAAAAGUAUUUACAGUAGCAGGCCAUAAUUUCUAAUUUCCUCAAAAGAAUAUUUAGUAAUUCAGCCCUUAUAUUUUAAUUUGUCUUAAAUUACUGUUCAUGCAAAUUUCCCAGCUUUUAUUCCAUAAUUUUAAAACAGGAAUUAGUUUAAUAUUAUUAUUAUGUGCUUUCACUUUCCUUCUCUGUUUUGAUGUGAAAGCUGAAGGAAAUGUUAAAUUUAUUUCAAGUGUAAUGUAAGAAAAACAACAUUGUAGAAACAAAUCAAGAAGUAAAUCCUAAUUUAGAAAUAAUGCCUUAUUUAAAUCGUUGGUUGUCUUAACAAUUGAAGUUUCCUGUUGUUUCCCUGAUGUUUUCCUGAUGUUUGAAUAUUUGAGCAUUUAUGGUAUAAAUAAAUCUAAUCCAUAGUCAAAAUGAUUCAUGAUGAUAAUGAAUUUGUAAUAAACAAAUUACCGGUUCAUGUCAUGUUAGGAUUAAAAAUGAUAAGGCUGUUUUCAAAUGAGUCCAAGACACAAACUUUAUUAAUUCCAAUAAGAGAUUCCUCAUUAUUCCAAAUCCUUAUGGUCAACAUUAUCUAGAAUCCUUAACGAGGAUCAUUCCAAUCAUAAAAAUACAUGAACCAUCAAAUUUCUUUCUUUCUUUCUUUCAGUAUUUAAUAUCAUUCCAGACAGAUGCUCAGUGUUUCAUUAUGGGCUAAUAUGAAGUCAAUGCCAUGUGAUUAACGCUCCCACAGGAGGCUGCUCUCUGUCCGUGUCUCCACCAGAGCCAUGAAAAACUUUGAAACGCUGACUGUGGGAAUAUUCUACCUUCUGUGUACAUAAUAUUUUUUCAAACCAAGGAGAACAUUAAGGAUCAAAUGUACAGAAAUGCUUAUUUACACCCCCACUCCUCCCGUUUACCUCUUGGUCCUUACUCUCCUUGUUUACUUCUGUUUUUCUGUUUUGGCAUGUGUGUUAUAUAAUUUAUUUUACCUGUAUGACGUAAUAGACUAGAAAAAAAAAAGAAUAAUGUACUGGCAUUUACUCCUUGGUGUGUCAGCUGUAACACUGGUGUACCUGUCUGUUCAUUAAAGCUCUACAUCUGGACCAAGA